AUGGGAGCUGGCACGAGGAGGCCAACGCCAUCAGCAAGGUCAUGGUCCCCCGUGGGAGCGGCAGCGGGGCCGACGUCACCGUUUCCCAGCCCUACAAAUAGCAGUGCCCAGCACAGCCGGCCACCACACCAGCCGGCCAUCAUCACCACCACCACCGUCCUCCUGACCAGGGCCGAGUUCAGGGCCGAGGUGCUGCAGAAGAAACGGGAGGCACUAGUGUCCAGGGAGGACUCGGUGGCGCUGACGGAGGAGCACCGGCGCCUGAUGGCAUGGAAUGAGGAGGAGAACGCCCGGCAGCGGGCACGCAGAGAGGAAAGACUUAGGAAAGAAGAAGAAGAACGGAAAAGGCAGAAGUUACAGGUUGCAGAGAACAAGGCCAGGGUAAUGGAGGCUUUCCUGAAGGAGAAGGAGAAGGAGGUUCUCCAGCUGCAGGAGGAAGCCAAAACGUUCAUCACCCCUGAGAACCUGGACGCGCGGAUUGAGGAGUGCCUGGACAACCCUCGCAACUACAACUUCGCCAUCGACAAGGACGGGCGGAUUGUCAAACGGACGGUGUUGUCUUAG